ACAGCGUUGACCAGGUGAAAGUAUAUCAUAGAUAACUUUACGUUGUAUAUCGAUAGCUGUGUUGUUUAAAACAUUGCAUAUUGUUGGUUAAAGUAGCUACGGUCAUUCAUUAUGCGUUAAAUCUGUAACGUUAUAGACUACUGAUUAAUAAAGCAAGCUAGCCAGCUAAGUAAAGUUGGAAAAGGUCAGCUGCAGUUAGAUAUCUGAAAACCGUUAAUUUGGCUUUCAUUUUGAGUGGGUUUGGUCAAAUUCCUGUAUUUCCAUCUGGUGGCUAACUUAAAUCAUUAAUAAAACAUGCACUUUUUUUUAAAGAUGUCUUUUCAACAAUUGGAUGAUGCUGGUAGUCAAGGAUGUGCACUCUCCUACAGUAGGUCUUGCACGCCUUCGGAUGAAUCCACCUCAUCCAACAAGAGAAGAAAUUGUAGUGCUGAUAGCAGCCGAGGGAGUUCUCAAGCAUCCUACUCUCAGUCUGACUUCGAAGAUAAAAAAAAACCAUCUGUGCUCGAGAAAUCCCACGCCUCACUAAUAAAGAAAUCUCCCAAGAAAACGAAAGGUUAUUACAAAGGUCAAAAGAGGUCUGGUGUGCAGUAUCCACAUCAAAAGAGGAACCUCAGACCUGGCCGGAAAGCCCCCUUUUCCCCCCCGAUCAAGCCCCUGGAUGGCGUCUGCCAGCGCAUCGCCUCGGCCCGCGAACACCGCAUCAAGAACCUGAGCAACCAGGUGUGGGAGCUGCAGCAGCAGCUAAACGGCGCUUCGCAGGAGAACCGGCUGCUGCGUCGCGUGCAGAACCGCCACACAGCGGCGCUGCAGCAGUUCCAGGACUCCCAGAGCGGCUUGCCACAGAUUCUGCUGAAGCACGGGAACGAGGUGCAAGCCCUUCAGGGGCUUCUGCGGAAGGUGAGGGCCCAGAGGAACAGCCUGGGGCACCGCCUCACCUCCAUGGAGGAUCACCUGCAGGAGACGUCCGAGGAGCUGCACAAGCUGCAGCAGCUGUGCCGACGGCGCGGCCUAGGGCAGAGGGAGGAGCUGGCACAGAAGCUCAGCAAACUCAGCCUGGACCAGGAGCUCAAGAACAACAGGAUAAAGAAUCUGGAGAGGAACCUUUAUCUGAGUAAUGCAUCCUUCAAUCGCCACUUGAGCACAGAGAUAAGAAAAACUGUGGAGGCUCGAGAUUUGUCCAAGUUACUCCAAGAACAGAUCGACCUGCUGACCCAAAAGAUCAAAGAAAGGGAGCGGGAGUUGGAGAUUCACAAUAUCUACUCACAUCGAUUCCCAAAGGCAAAGAAAGGAACAAAAGAGACCAAAUCCAUACAGACUGAGGGCUUAUCACCUCUGCCUUUGGAAGCUCCUGCCUGUAAGCUAAAGAUCGAGUAUGAGAGUGAGGAGCAUCUAGGGAAUGAACUGGAUAAGCAAAGAAGCAACAGGAACAGGGAACGCUGUGCCAUUGAUUUCAGCAAGUCAGAGAAAGAUCAAAAGGGUACGACUGAAAGCCUUACAGAGGACAAUGAGUCAGGCGAUGGUACAGCCGUUGAUGCUGUCACUCAGAGUGCAGAGGCAGGCAGCAUUGAGGAUCAGCAGCAGGCCAAGGGUGAUGAUGAUGAUGAUGAUGAUGAGGAGGAGGAGACUAACGAGACCACCAGUCUACCGUGGGACGCCGACAACGACCUGACCAGCCCUAGCCAGGCCGAGACGAGCCUGGACCUGGACGACCUGUUGGACGCCAACUGCCUUUCCGCCAACAAGCAGACCACUCCCCGCAUCCGGCGCCACUACACCUUCAAAGAGACCAUCCAGAACCUGCACAGGGGUCGGCCAGCCUACGGGGCUCUGGGCCAGGGGCUCCAGAAGGGUUCCCGGGCCCCGGCCCAGACGGCCAACCACGACGGGGACAGUGCUUACGAGCCCUCUUUCCUGUCUGUGCCGGCUGGAAGAGUGCGCCUGGCGAAGGACACGCAGCACGGGGAGGACCCACGCAGCCGCAAGAGCAGCCUGAUGAGGGAGCUGUUCGGCCAGGCAGACGCGGCAGAGCCCAAGGCCGACAGGAGGGCCCACGCCAAGGAGCCGCCCGCCACGAGCUCGGACUUGGACCGCACGUCCGCCUACGUCCUGGGAGACACGGUGCCUCAUAUCAGAGACGGGUUCAUCAUAUUCGACUGAGAUUAUAACUGCCAAUUAUUUUUGCCAAGCUUUCAUAAUAAAAUAUAUGUUUUCAGAGA